AUAUCCAUUGGGUGCCCUGUGGGGUAAGGAAGGCUAGAGUGAAUGAACUACCCUAUUGGCACCCUAGAACUACAAUCCCCAGAAUGCCGCAGUGCAGGCUCAUUUAAGGGCUCUAAACACUGCACGAUCGGCAGCCGGGGUACUCUGGCUCACCUGCGUUCAUGGCUUCUCCUUGCAAGGCGGUAAUUGUUCCCGGGAACGGAGGCGUGGAUAUUGCGACCAACGGAUGGUAUUGCUGGGUGAAGAAGAGGCUGGAUCAGAUACCUGGUUUCCAGUGUUUGGCUAAAAAUAUGCCUGACCCAAUUACAGCUCGAGAGAGCAUCUGGCUGCCCUUCAUGGAGACAGAGCUGCAUUGUGACGAGAGGACCAUCAUCAUAGGCCACAGUUCCGGGGCCAUCGCGGCCAUGAGGUAUGCAGAAACACAUCGAGUGUAUGCGAUUGUAUUAGUGUCUGCAUACACAUCAGACUUAGGGGAUGAAAAUGAGCGUGCAAGUGGCUACUUCAACCGCCCCUGGCAGUGGGAGAAGAUCAAAGCCAACUGCUCUCACAUUGUGCAGUUUGGCUCCACUGAUGAUCCUUUCCUACCCUGGAAGGAACAACAAGAAGUGGCAGAUAGUUUGGAAGCCAAAUUUUACAAAUUCACUGACCGUGGCCACUUUCAGAUGACGGAGUUUCCCGAACUGAUUGAUGUGGUAAAAUCUAUGCUGAAAGUAUCAGCACAAAAAGAAUGAUUUCUACUAUUCUGCAUACCAAUAUAGUAGAGCAAUGAUCAGAUUAUAGGUAAAUCAUCAAAAAUGCCUAAAAAACAAACACAAGUUUCAAUGUUCAAACUAAGUUACAAGUAGCAUUUCCAUUUUCCAUAGAAUCUAUAUCUUUCCAAAUUGCUAUGAAUUAAAGCAGUAUUUUCCUUAUGACAAGGGACCGUAAGGACAUGUUAACCAUCCAAAGUGAGGAAGACACAAAUGGAACCCAGGUUUCCUGAUUUCCAGCCCAGAUUAAAACUAAAUAAAUUUGAUGUAUGAUGUAUAAGAGUUGUACCCCUCCUCUUUAAAGUAAAAUUUGUUUUGUUGGAGAAAGAAAACAUGACUAAAGGUCUAGAGUUCUGGCUUAGAGCUCAAAACACUAGCUGCUGUAUUAAACCCAGACUAGGGCCUUCACCUUUGACACCUUGCCCCCCAACCCCCGGUCCUUCAAACAGGUUGAGAGACAAUGAAAUAUAAGGAUGCUAAGAGGCAGGGAUCUGCAAGGGUUAGGCAGGGAGUAUGAGAAGUCAACUUUAUUUGUGUAAGACCACAGUUAGGAGGAUAAGGACUAUGUGGAGAACUCAUGUCAUGUGGGAAUGUGGCAAGGUGUGGCCAAAUUUUGGAUUUUUUGAGGAAAAAACUUUAUACAAUGGUUUUUAUAUUUAGGGAAUAUAUAUAUAUAUAUAUAUAUAUAUAUAUAUAUAUAUUCCAUAUGUACAUGAAUUACGUGUACAUACGGAUUAGUUGGCAAGUACAGUGUAAAUAAAAAAUUUACAAACACACAAAGUCCAAGCCAUCCAUUUGUGGCCUCUGCCAUAACUAUUAACUUAGCCAGGUGCCUUAAAAGAUUCCCUAUAAAGCCUGAGAAAUGAACAUAAUGUCAAAAGAUAAAAUCAUGGAAACAAUUUGGAUUUUGUUACAGUCUUAAUUAUUUUUUAAAAUAAUCCUUCCAUUCCUCAAAUUUUUAUUCUGUAGAGUUCUUUUUAACUCCCAUGGUUCUUUAGAUUUCUUUCAUUUCCCAUUUUUCUUCUGAUCAUGAUAUAUAUUUAAAAAAACCUUUUCAUUUCUCAACAAUUUUUGCCUAUUACGAUCCUAAAUAUUGCCUCAAACAACCAUCAGCGCAUUAUUAUAGGAAGUUCAACUGGACAGCACUGGAGUCUAGGGCAUUGUAUUUUAUAUUCUUCCCUGACCCACCAUCUAAUAUGACUCAACUUGAAAUUACUUAACUAGUUUGCUUAGUUGGUUAACGUAAAAAUCAUGGGUCCAUAAAACUUACUCAUCACCAAACUAAGAUCAGAGAAGCUUCAUGGAAGAAUCCCACAUAAACUAUUUGUGUUAAGUCCGCAGCCCGGGCAUGUGCCCUGACUGGGAAUCAAACCGUGACCCCCUGGUUCACAGGUCGACACUCAAACGCUGAGUCAGGCAUGCUGGACAGAAACUUUAUUUUAUUUUAUGUUUUUAUUGAUUUUGGAGAGGGAGAGGGAGAAACAUCGAUGAGAACCAUCAAUAAGCCAUCAAAUCAGAUUCUCAUGUUUGACUAUAUAUACUAGUAGCUCAUUAUUAACCAUAGCAAGGCCUUGCCAGACUCCAGGGAAUAUCUAUUCUCAGGUGAGCAAAAGACCUUAUAUUAAAUGAAAAUCAACUGUAAGGAUUAGGACUUCACUCACAACUUGUUUUGGUGUUGUCACGAGUGUAGAGCCUCACUAUUUGUUUUGGUCAAAGUUUACUCCUGUAUAUAAAUAUACAUUUGUCAUCGAAGGUGCUGUAUUUUUAAAUUGUCUCUUUUUUCCUUCAGUUAAUUUUCAGAAUUUAAAACAUGCUAUGAAAAAAAUGUUUAAAGAGAAUCUUUAUUCUAGUGAGGCAAAGGAUACUUUUAUGUUUUAGCCAUUGAUUGUAAGCUUUAAAAAUAAAUCUUUGGGAAAAAAAAUCAA